UUGGCCUUAAAUCUUCUCUAUCUAUCUAUCUAUCUAUCUAUCUAUCUAUCUAUCUAUCUAUCUAUGCCAGUCUUUUCAAAUAUAUCUAUCUAUCUAUCUAUCUAUCUAUGCCAUUUUUUUAAAUCUAUCUAUCUAUCUAUCUAUCUAUCUAUCUAUCUAUCUAUCUCAUUCUUUUCAAGUCUAUCUCUCUAUGUAUCUAUCUAUAUAUCUAUGUCAGUCUUUUCAAAUUUAUCUAUUUAUGUAUCUAUCUAUUGGGAAUGCUCUUCAUGUUCACUCAGUGACAUUGUUCCUUUUGAUGAACAUUAUCUAUCUAUCUAUGUAUCUAUCUAUCUAUCAUCAUCUCUUCAUAUCUAUCUAUCUAUCUAUCUAUCUAUCUAUCUAUCUAUCUAUCCUCGUCUCUUUAUAUCUAUCUAUCUAUCUAUCUAUACUCAUCUUUUCGUAUCUAUCUAUAUAACUACCUAUCUAUCUAUCUAUAUCUCUUCAUAUCUAUCUAUCUAUCUAUCUAUCUAUCUAUCUAUCUAUCCUCGUCUAUUUAUAUCUAUCUAUCUAUUUAUCUAUACUUAUCUUUUCAUAUCUAUCUAUCUAUCUAUCUAUCUAUCUAUCUAUCUAUCUAUCUAUACUCAUCUUUUGAUAUCUAUCUAUCUAUCUAUCUAUCUAUCUAUCUAUCUAUCUGUCUGUCUGUCUGUGUCUAAUGCGAUGUAG